AUGCUUUCUCUUUCCAAGUUCCAUAUGAUACUCUUCUUCAUGUCACUUGUUUCGCCAAAUCUCUCCAAUGCCAUACCUAUCAACAUUUGGCCAAAGCCGAGAUUACUCUCAUGGCCUCAACACAAAGCCAUUGCCCUCUCUCCAUAUUUCACCAUCCUUUCCCCUCAACACCAAUACUUUUCAGCCUCUGUAUCACGUUAUCACAACCUCAUCCGCUCAGAGAAUCACUCCCCUCUCAUCACCCAUCCUGUCAAACUUACCAAAGGUUACACCUUGAGCAGCCUUGUGAUCAAUGUUACCGAUCUUUCUCUUCCGCUUCACCACGGUGUUAACGAAUCUUACACCCUCUCCAUCCCCAUUGGAAGCAUCUCCGCACACUUGUCAGCUCAUUCUGUUUGGGGAGCUAUGCGUGGUCUUGAGACAUUCUCUCAGAUGGUUUGGGGAAGAUCUCCUCAUUUGUGUUUACCUGUUGGAAUUCAUAUCCAAGACUCUCCUCUGUUUGGCCAUAGAGGCGUUUUGCUGGAUACAUCGAGGAACUACUAUGGAGUAGAUGAUAUAAUGAGGACGAUCAAGGCCAUGAGUGCAAACAAACUCAAUGUGUUCCACUGGCACAUCACUGAUUCUCAUUCCUUCCCGUUGGUGCUUCCUUCUGAGCCUUCACUCGCUGCAAAGGGAGCUUAUGGACCAGACAUGGUUUACACUCCAGAGGAUGUCUCAAAGAUUGUUCAGUUUGGUUUUGAGCAUGGUGUUAGAGUUCUUCCUGAAAUAGACACUCCUGGCCAUACAGGAUCAUGGGGAGAAGCUUAUCCGGAUAUUGUGACAUGUGGCAACAUGUUCUGGUUGCCUGCUGGUAAAAGUUGGAGCGAGCGGUUAGCUAGUGAACCAGGAACCGGUCAGCUUAACCCGUUGACUCCAAAGACAUAUGAAGUUGUGAGAAACGUCAUAAGAGAUGUUGUCAAGCAGUUCCCUGAACCUUUCUUCCAUGGAGGUGCAGAUGAAGUCGUCCCUGGCUGCUGGAAAACCGAUCCUGCAAUCAGUUCCUUCUUGUCCUCUGGUGGAACACUAAGUCAGCUUCUUGAAAAGUACAUAAACUCGACGUUACCUUACAUCGUGUCACAGAACAGGACAGUUGUUUACUGGGAAGAUGUUCUGCUGGAUGCACAAAUCAAGGCGGAUCCGUCGGUUCUUCCUAAAGAGCACACAAUCUUGCAGACUUGGAACAACGGUCCUGAGAACACAAAGAGAAUAGUAGCUGCUGGUUACAGAGUGAUUGUGUCUUCAUCAGAGUUCUACUACUUAGACUGUGGUCACGGCGGGUUUCUAGGGAACGAUAGUCAAUAUGAUCAGCAAGGAAGAGGAGGUGGUGGGUCUUGGUGUGCACCGUUUAAGACGUGGCAGAGCAUAUACAACUAUGAUAUAACUGAUGGUUUGGUCGAUGAGGAAGAGAGGAAGCUGGUGCUAGGAGGGGAAGUUGCGUUGUGGUCAGAGCAAGCUGACUCUACGGUUUUAGACUCACGGCUUUGGCCACGUGCCUCUGCGCUUGCAGAGAGCUUGUGGUCAGGGAAUAGAGACGAGAGAGGUGUUAAGAGAUAUGGUGAAGCUGUGGACCGGUUAAACCUGUGGAGGUACAGGAUGGUGAAGAGAGGGAUUGGAGCUGAACCUAUCCAGCCAUUGUGGUGUCUGAGGAAUCCAGGCAUGUGUAAUGCAGCUCAAGAUGCUUUAGAAGAUCAAUAG